AUGGAAAUGGAAAUGGAAAUUAGCCAUUGUAAAUGUAUAUGUUGGAAAUGGAAAUUAGGCAGGGGGUCUUUGAAGAGACUGAUUCCAAAUUCCAAAUUCCAAAUUAAUGUACUGCUGCUACAAUCCUACUUCCUACCUACAUUAUUGUAGUAACUCACUGUGUCACCACCACCAUUUACCUCUUUCUUCUUUCAAAAUUCAAAUCAAACUCACCACCGAUAAGCAACACCAACCAAGUAUCUUGAAGCUUGGUGUACAGAAGAAUCCGCCUGCUUCACCACUGUUAAACCAACCCUAUGGACUUCACUUUCCGAACAAUUCAUAAGCAGCAGCAGCAGCACCCUCACUUUUCCGACCACCCCAUCAUCGACGAUUUAGAGAAACAGAGGAUACGUUACGAGAUUCUUCGAGAACUAGAAAAAGAGAAGAUACGGAACGAGAUUCUGGCGGAGGAACUGGAACGCCGGAGAGUAUUGGAAUAUGAAGUUCGUAGAGAAUUGGGUUUAGUGAUGGGCCAACGGAUGCUUACUGACCGGUACCGGUUUGAACCGGAGAUGUUGCCGCAAGGUGGACCGUUUUUGUUUGAGACUAGAAGAGGCGCUUUGCCGGUGCCGGAGAGAUAUGAUGUUCCGGUUCAAGUUCAACGAUCGACGAUCAAAUCGAUCGUUGUUAAGCAAACAAAUGAGGAAAAACAGGAAAUGAUCGGUUUGGGACAUCCAUCAAGCUCUAAAAGGAAGGCACCAGCACCAUCAAAGAAGGGGGAUUUUAGCUGUGGAGUUUGUAAGAUCGUUGCUCCAUCGGCACGAGGUCUCGAAGAACACUUAUCCGGGAAAAAACACUUGGCGAAAAUAGGUAUGAAACCGGGUAGCAAGAAGAUGAAGAAGAAGGGGCGUAAGAAAGGAAAGAAACAUUAGAAACCAUGUUAGUUAACACGUUUUUGGUUGAAGUUUGACUAACUGUAAUUGGUCAGUAGGACUUUGUUAUGGUUUGUUAGGUUUUAUUUUGAAACAUUGUGUUCAAGGUUUCUUGUUACUUGGUUUCAAGUCCAAUCUUAGAUGAAUCAUUGACGUGUUC